AUGUCGAAUACGAAUGAGCCCUCUGAGGUGCCAGUUCAGCGAUUUGAAUCCAUCAAUACUACAACAUCACGACCACCUCAGCCAUCAAUUAAUCGAUCACACAGCAAAUCCGAAGUUCAACAUGCGAAUACUCAUGCAUCUCAAAAGGAAGGACGAGAUCCACGUCUUGAUGUCAAUCUACCAUACCGGACUCUCACGUCCAAUGCCAACAUGUGCGAGUACACGGCGGAAAAGCCUACAGGAGAAAUCGACGGCCCAUUAGAGGCCAACGGAAAGGCUCGAUAUAAGCUUGUUACAUUUACACCAAACGAUCCGGAGAAUCCCAAGAAUUGGUCGAAAGCUUUCAAGUGGUAUUGUACGAUGGUGGUGGCAUUGACCUGUUUCGUCGUAGCAUUCUGUUCAUCGGUUAUCACAGCUGGUAUUGUUGGUGUCGAGGAGGAAUUCAACAGAUCAGAGGAGAUUGCUUUGAUCAGUAUUUCGAUUUUCGUGGUUGGUUUUGGUCUAGGUCCUAUGGUCUUUGCUCCACUAUCCGAAGUUCUAGGUCGACGAGUUAUCUACGCCUCAACGCUUCUGCUUGCGGUAAUCUUCAUCAUUCCAUGCGCGGUUGCACCUAAUAUCCAAACCUUGCUCGUAUGUCGUGCCAUCGACGGUAUCGCAUUCUCGGCCCCUAUGACGCUUGUCGGAGGCACCUUAUCAGAUCUAUGGAAAACCGAGGAGCGUGGUAUUCCAAUGGCGGCAUUCAGUGCUGCUCCAUUUAUUGGUCCCGCAAUUGGACCUCUUGUCGGUGGAUUUCUCUUCGACGCUGCUGGGUGGAGGUGGCUGUACUGGAUCCAACUCAUUCUCGCUGGUUGCGUUUACAUCCUUAUUACAUUCACCGUUCCAGAGACAUAUGCACCUACCAUUCUUGCACGCCGUGCUGCCAAACUAAGAAAGUCAACAGGCGAGUCCGACCAUGUUACUGAGCAGGACCUCGACCUUCGUCCAUUCACCGAGCGUCUCCGUGUCUUCCUCAUCCGACCAUUCCAGCUCCUCUUUGGCGAAUUGAUAGUUUUCCUGGUUUCGGUAUAUAUGAGUGUUCUUUACGGACUUCUUUAUAUGUUUUUUGUAGCUUUUCCGAUCGUAUUUCAAGAAGGAAAAGGCUAUAGCGCUGGUAUCACAGGGUUGAUGUUUAUCCCACUAGCAGUUGGUGUUGUAGCGUCGGCAUGCUGCGCACCUUGGGUAAACGCACACUAUCUCAAAAUGUGUCAAAAAUAUAAUGGAGCUCCUCCGCCAGAAGUUCGACUCUUCCCAAUGAUGGUGUCGUGUUGGUUCAUUCCAAUCGGUCUUUUCGUCUUCGCUUGGACGUCCUACCCACAUCUCAUCUGGGUGGGCCCAGCGCUUGGCGGCUUCCCUGUUGGAUUCGGAUUCAUCUUCCUCUACAAUUCUGCGAAUAAUUACAUUGUCGAUUCAUAUCAGCACCAAGCUGCGUCGGCUCUUGCUGCGAAGACUUUCAUUCGAAGUUUUUGGGGUGCAGCAGUUGUCUUGUUUACCGAACAAAUGUACGCAAGAUGUGGAUACCAGUGGGCUAGUUCGAUUCUAGCUUUUAUCAGUCUGGCAUGUUGCGCGAUUCCUUACGUCUUCUACUUUUAUGGAGAAAAGAUUCGUCGUCACAGCAAAUACGCAUAUAGUGGAGACGAUGAAGAGACGUUGAAGACGAAGGACAGUGCCAAUGAAGAGGACUUGCACAGAGCAGUGAGCUAUGUUAGUACUCCUUAG